AGAAGACCGCGGUUUUGGUGAAAUGGAGCUUUGUCAUUGCUGGUUUACACUGUACAAAAAAAAAAUGAAGCAUGCAUUUUUUUGACACCAAGACUGUGUUAACGACAACAGAGGACCAUCAAGAGGCCACUGAGCCGUCACUGACAGGAGAGUUAAUAAAUUUGAGCAAAAAAAGUGCCCCAAACUGCAAACGGCUGUCGCAAACGAGAUAAUGAACUUUUAAAAAAAACAAAAAGGGGUUGCGAGGCUAAGCAGCAACACACUAGGAAACGCAAACCAACUGCACAGGACAGCAGGGCACCUAGCGAAAUAUCUCCCUUGAAUCGAGAAACCGCUAGUUCAACUUUCAACCAGCAAGGCACCGAUGAGACCGCCACUACGCCAGAGCCCAUCACUGAAUCUGAUGAGUCUCUCACAUCAACCAGCACUGAGUCACUUGAAGGACUCAUCAACAUUUUCAAAGAUGACGAUGCUUCUGAGGAAAACGAUGAUAAGUCUGACCGUGAGGAAAGUGCCACAAUGCCACAAGACCCAGAAUCAGAACACCACACCUCAGGCUGUACUGUGGAAUGGCAGGAGGACCUGACUCCUGUGGCUGGAGCUUCCAAGGGACCUCUCCUGGAUUGUACAAUGCAAGCCGGAGGGUCCACCGCGGAAGAUCAAGGGACACGCCAGCCACAGUUGAGAGAUGCUGUCCCUGAAGCACCUCCUGCACACACCCAACAGAUGCUGGAACAGACCAUUCACCUCCUUCAUGAGGCAGUGCAGAACUUCCACAUCACUGUGCAGACUGGAUAUACCCAGAUGCACAGUGACAUGACAAGAUCGCAUACUAUAAUGCAGUUUGGUUGGGCACAAUUCACAGAGCAAGUUGGCUGUCUGGUCAGCCUGCUCAGGACCCUGGUGCGAGACCACCAGGCCUCUACCCCUCAGCUCCGUGAUGUUGCUGUUCAAAGCUCUCUCAAGUCCCCUGAAGCCCAGUCGACUGGGGUGGUGCUGCCAGCAGCAUCCUCUCCUGUGACUGAAGUACUGCCAAAUGCACAGUGCAACCCAGUGGGAGACCACUUGAAUGAUGGAUCCUCCCAAAGCUCAGCCACCUGUCCUGUAAAUAGAACACAUGUACAUAGUUUUAAUAUAUAAUCAUGUAAAUAAUUCAACUGCAUUGACACAGUUUGGGUUCCACCAUUGUUAAGUUUGCACAUCUUUUACAUCAGUCAACCAGACUACCUCAACACGACCAAUUGAAAAGAAGUGCUCUGUAACUUUGUUUUAAUUUGUACAUUCAUCUACACAGCUACUUAU